AUGCUUGAGAACAAGUGCAAGGUUUGCGCUCCUGUUGCCGCUUCCUUUGCCAAGCCUACCCCAACAUCUGCGUUCCCUGCCCCGAGGAUCGUUGCUCCUGCUCUUGUCAACGACACUGGAGAUAUCACCGCCGCCGAUGAAGACUUAGCAGCGAAGAGGGCACAAUACGAACAGAGACGCGAUCUUCGAGAGCUUCGCCACAAGGAGCGAGAGGCUGAAGCUGCGAAGGAUAGUGAGAAGGAGGUGGUUGUUAAUCAGAACAAGAGCUGGCUCGGGCUCGUCGCGGCCCAGGUCAAAGCUCCCGUCAAGCAAGAGAUCAAGGUACUGGGGCAGGCGAAGAAGGAUAACGACGAAACCGAUGCUGCCAAGGUGCUCCGGAUCAGGCAGGAAAAGGUAGCUGAGAUUCAGCGUCUUAAGGCUCGUCGGGCGGAGAUCAUUCGGGCCACAGAGAAGGACGAGGAGACUUGGCGUGCUAAUCUCUAUGCUCGAGCUGCUCGUCGUGAGGAAGAGCAGUUGGCGCAGGAGAUGGCGGAGUUGGAGAUGCAAGAUCAAGAAGACAAAGAGUGGGUUGUUGUAUGA